AGUCACACUUUCCUCCCUUCUUCCUUUGGCCGGUGUUUCUUUCCUUUAUAAGAGCCGCUUAUUCUCUCUUUUCUUCUCUCAAAUUCUCUUCAUCACUUCCUUCAUUCUUUCUUUCAUUUCAUCACUCUUAAACUAAAUCAAAACAACAACAACAACAAAAACAAUUCAUUUUAUGGGUAUGGAUAUUAUUAUUCAACAACAACCAACUUCUACUUCAACUUUACUUGAAUUUGCUGCUUCAGAUGAUGUUAAUUCCUUCAAAUUAGCUCUUCAAUCUUCUGGGUUAUCAAUUGAUGAUGUGGGUUUUUGGUAUACACGAAGAAUUGGUUCUAAUAAGAUGGGUUAUGAACAAAGAACUCCUCUUAUGGUUGCUGCUCAAUAUGGUAGUGUUAAAGUUGUUAAUUUCAUCAUUGAAUCUGCUAAUUCGGUUGAUAUUAUUAACCGAGUUUCUGGGUCUGAUAAAGUUACUGCACUUCACUGCGCUGUUGCUGGUGGUUCUGUUUCAUCUACUUCUAUUGUCCACCGCCUUAUCUCCGCUUCCGCUAACACCAACAUCGUUGAUGCUAACGGGAAUAGAGCAUCUGAUUUAAUUGCAAUGUUUCCGAAAUUGCCCUUGUUUAAGAACAACAAGCAGCUGGAUACACUGCUGAAAUCUGAAUCAUCUGAUUCGGAUUCGAUUUCAGGGUUCAGUACUGAUUCAGAAUCUGAUUCGAAGAAAGAGUUUGCAGUUGCGGAUUUGCCAGAUAUAAACAAUGGAGUGUAUGGAAGUGAUGAAUUUAGAAUGUAUUGUUUUAAGAUUAAGCCGUGUUCAAGAGCAUAUACACAUGAUUGGACUGAAUGUCCAUUUGCUCACCCUGGUGAGAAUGCAAGGAGAAGAGACCCAAAGAAGUACCAAUACACUUGUGUGCCGUGCCCCGAGUUUAAGAAGGGUAGUUGUAAGAAAGGAGAGGAAUGUGAAUUUGCUCAUGGUGUGUUUGAGUCUUGGUUACAUCCAGCUCAAUAUCGUACUCGUUUGUGUAAAGAUGAAAUUGGUUGUUCGAGGAAGGUGUGUUUCUUUGCACAUAAGAGGGAGGAAUUACGCCCUGUUUAUGCUUCUACUGGCUCUGCUAUUCCAGAUGUGAAUGUAUCAUCAUCUCCCAAUGGAUUUUCUGGUUCAUCCACUCCUCCGAUGUCCCCAUCAUACGCUCCGCUUUCCCCUAAUAGCGGAGCGUCUGGGGGUGCAGGAGGGAUGUAUCAGGGGAAAUCUAAUUUUGGUGUGUCACCCCCUAACCUGCAGCUUCCUGGCAGCAGGUUAAGGUCUAGCUUAAGUGCUAGAGAUAUGAAAUUAGAAAGAGAGCUCAUCAAAAUCGAGUCGCAGUUUCUGAACCAACAACAUCAGUUUCAGCAACACCAACUGCAUCAGCAUCAGCAGCUGCAGCAACAGCAGCAGCAGCAACAACAUCAGCAGCAGCAGCAGCAGCAGCAGCAGCACCAGCAGCAGGUGCAUUCGCCUAGGCCAUCUCCUAGGUGGAACAACAGCAUGAUCCCAGCUACUAACCUCGAAACAGCCUUUGCUUCGAUUAAUGUAGCUAGGAAGAUGUCCCCUCCAAGUGUCCUAGAAUCCCCCUUCAAUGGACCUAGGAAGCUGUCUCCUCCCAGGGCUUUGGACUCCCCAAAGUCUAUGGCGGCAGCAAUGCUAAACUCUCGAGCUGCAGCCUUCAUUACGCGGAGUCAGAGCUUCAUUGAUAGGGCUGCAUCACCAAUUGGUGGCAAUAUGUCGAGUCCUAGAGCUGAUUGGGGUUCUCCAAAUGGAAAGCUAGAUUGGGGGAUUCAUGGAGAAGAGCUUAAUAAGCUAAGGAAAUCGAAUUCUUUUGCUAUUCGAGGUUCUAACAACAAUGCUACUAGAACUUCCCCACCUGGGUUCAAUGAGCCGGAUGUUUCAUGGGUUAACACAUUGGUUAAAGAUGAGGCAAAUGCCGGGUAUUUGGGUGCAAGGUCGCCUAAAUAUGGCCGCGGUGGUGCUGGAAAUGGUGUUCAAGGUCAGGAUAUGUGCUCACCAUGGGAGCAACUGUACAUAGAUCAAGAGCAGCUGGUUGCUAAUUGAACAAUGUUUUAGGCCUAUAAGCUAACUAAAAAUAUUGAAUUCUAUUCUAUUAUUUCAAUUUGUUGCUAUAUAGUGGAGUAUAUGUUGAGAAGUAGGGAAGAAAAACAAAAGAUUUGAGGGAAGAUCAGAUUAAGAGAAUUUAAAGAGAUUUUCUCUGAUUGUGUAUAGUAGUAGUAAGCCUAGAAUCUAUUCAUUCUAUUGUUUUCUUUUAGAAUAAGGUUAUUUGAUCUUUUGUAGGAUUAUUCUUUCCUCUCUCAAGGAAAUUCUUAUUUAUAGAUAGUAAUGUGUUUUGAUUA